UUUUGAUGCAGGCGAAGGAGCAGUGUGUUUCGUGCUGUGGGGAAGUAGGGGGCGUGUUCAGUAUAAUUGUAACGAAAUCGUUAUGAUACAGAGUUAGAAGUGAUCGUUCACAUGUGUAAUCUGUUGUACAGGUUAAUUGUUGCUUUUUUGCAGGGUUUGAGAACAGAGUACAGAAAUGAAAGUGACUGUGUUGAUUAGAAUUUGUUUAUAUGUUCCGAGAACUGUACUCGUCUCUUCGACGUUUAAAAUGGAACAAAACGCGCUGUAAUAAUGAAUUGUUCUGAUUGUGUGUGUAUGUGAAUAAUGUGGGUUGAUGUUAUAGAACUGUGACACGUGUUCCAAGAAUCUAUAAAAUGAAUGUUAGGUUAUCAGACGUUGUUGAACAGAUUCUACCCAAUUCAAUUCGGGCUGGAAAUGUCACACAAGGCAUGUGGCGUAGGUGAACAGGAAACUAGUUCCAAGUGCACCGAGAGUUUGGAGAAAACUGAAGGUGGUUUCCGAGAAUGCUGAUUUCCGUCCAAUGCUCGAUCAACGUCGUUACAUCUCCGACCCAUUUCUGGGUUCAAAUAAUCCCACUGAAACAACCGUUUACCGCAGGAAGGGAUAAUGGGGGACUAACAUGAAAGAGGGGAUGAAGUUGUAUUGGCGUUAGAUUCUUGUGUCGAUGUAUAACAAAUAAAUCGUUUGGAUGUCAAGAGAAAUACAUUUGGGUCAAAAUAAGAAGAUACAUGACAACCACAAUGACGCCAUUUUUUCUUGUUGAAUGGCGUGGAAUAAAAUCAGCAGACGAAACGUGAAUUUAUAUGCAGGCGCCAUAUUGAUUUUGACUUCAAAAUCUGAAGCAUAGACGUAACUAUAAAUCUAACAAAGCCUAAUGUUUGGGAUUAAAUUUCGGUCGUGGAUGGAAACGCACAUCGUGCGACCGAGGAAGAAACAACAACAGCAGCGCUGCAAAGAGGCAAGUGGCAGCAAAGGGAAGCAGAGCAGCAAAGUCGUACCGGAAAGACCUUUGUUGGACUCCGCGGGGAAUUCCCCUACGAGCCCCCUUACAGCUAAAAAAGAUGAGCCUCAGAAAAACCAGCACGUGUUACGCUGCGGACUCACGUACCCUGACACCCAUCACUGCCCUGCCAGUGGAUCUUCUUCGUGCGGAAACGCAAUGGAGACGAUCGCCUUGCCGCCCCAUCACCACCAUCACCUCCUCCAUCACGGCUACAUGGGCAACAACUUAUCGUCACCGGAGUCGGCAUAUUCCACCGGCUACUCGACCGACGGUACCUCGCCAGGGGCUUCGCUCCCGCCGGAGUACUACAUCAACAUCCGGACCGGCACGCACUAUUUCCACUCUGCAGCGACUACUCCGACAGCCCCCUGCAACCCCGUGGCCGUUCCGGCCUACAGACACCUGGCUAACGGCCACGUCAGAGAGGAGGUCUCUAGAGACCUGAGGAACGGCUGCGUGGUCGAGGUGGAGAUUCUGAGCGCUGGGGAAGCGUUCGAAGGGCGUCGAUUUAAGCAUACAUCCACACCUAAGGCCCUGCCAGCCCCCGAGUCCUCCAGGUCACACCGCCAUAGCCACAGGAGGACUGAAUCGUGCGAUGACAGUCGCCGGUUUUCAGCAUCAAUCAGGACAAGCUUUGCUCAACUAGACGACGCACCUCCGCCAUCAACAGGGCUUGAGACUUCCCUUGACGUCAGUCGCGUCCGCAGCAACGCAACCAGCUCCUCCCUCUGCCCUCAAAGUGUGGCCCAACUAACAGCUUCUCCCCGUCAGCGGAACCGCAUCAGAACCAAUCCUUGGGUUCCGUCCAGCACGCCUUCAAAUUCCUCAGCGAUCGGCACAAACAGUUCGACUACCAGCAGUAACAAUACCUGCGGGUUUACACCGAGGGCGGUGCAGCCUGGAAUGGCCGAAUCGUCCACCAACAUGAGCUCCUGUUCGUCCGGCGCAGAGUGUAAACGUGCUCUGGCGAGACCAGGAGAGUCCUCCUCUUCCUAUGGAAGCGGAAGUGACGUAACGUUACCCAGGAAGCAACCGACGCAGCCACGAAUUAUGCCCAAAGAGGAUGAACGUACUUCAGAGGAGAAUGUCAGGAGUCCGCGCCACCGCGGAUGGUGUCAUACACCCCCUGGCGACAGCAAUGUAUCGGGUGGUGGCGAUUCGUCGAGCAAACAUCAUCGUGGAAGCGUUUGCUCGACCUCUUCGUCAUCAAGUUCACACACGGCCACUAACAACACCAGUGACCUCUCCGAUGAUGACCUGACCUUAAAUGAAAUGUUGGGGAAAUACGACGAAAGUUACGUGUACGAAAAAGAAACGGACAUUUUAAGUGACAGUGAUCCAACAGACUGUGAAGAAGAUUAUGGCGAAACGGACUUCGAUACGGGGCAAGACGGUGGUGAUGAAAGAGAUCCCCACGACGACGAGGAGUUGGACUUCAUCGAUAACGGCUCUUAUUUAGAACUAAAUCCUUUAGAUUUAGAUGAGGAUGCAGACAAAUCUUCAAGUUCUGCGAAAGGACUUGUUAAUAAAGGACAUUGCACUUAUCACAUGCCGCAUUCCGGAGUGGAGUUUAUACGGAAACCAACCAUGCGAUUUCGUGAAUCAUUUAUGAGGCGUUCAAGCGCUCGCCGCCAUGUCAAAGACGAAAACACGAGCGGAAGUCCAGGACCUUCCUUCAGAAGAGCUAGUGUAAGGAAGUUUAACAACGAGGAAGGACUAAACAGAAGAAGUUCGAGAGAUGGCAGUAGACUCAGAAGACAUCACGAGCCGAUGACUGGGCCGACGAGCGCAGUGGCCGGCAGUGCGUGUUUGAGAUCUUCCAGCGAGAAAAGGAAAUUGCGCUGUUCAAUGCGUAGAAAUUGCAGCAUUAGAGGUGCGACGAGUGAAGCCGUUCCUCUGGCUACGAAUAACAACGGAGUCACUUUCAGCUCUAAGGAGAAAAUUAGUAUUGUUGAAGCUGAAAAUUCAGGUGUAUAUAAUUUAAAUCGUAUAUUAAUGCAAAAAAUGCUGUUUCGGGUUAAUGGGAACGGAACUAAAAGUGCUGGGAACACACCUGUUUCCUUAAGAAAGAAAAUUGUUAAUGACGACGCUGCAGAAACCAGGAAGAAUAUUCUGUCACCCUCGAGAAUCAGGCCUUAUGUUGAGGCUAACAGAAUUCGUUUAGCUGCAAAUAAGAGCGGUAACAAUAGUGACUUACAAAUGUCUCCCAAUAUGGCGGACACCUUGAUGAAGAAACGCUCUAAUUCCAUUAGCUGUGGCGCCAGAAGUGAUGAAUUUCAGAGGUCAAUACCAACUUCUACAUAUUUAACGACAUUCUCUUCAGAGUUGGCUCUGAUAGAGGCUGACAGAGAAGCCGAUCGUAAAUACAAAGAACUUAUUUUGGAAGCAGAGCAUAUUUUGGUUAGUAUAAAGAGCAAUUCUGAAAAAUGUAUGAAUUUGUAUGUACCAACACCACCAGUGCGUACGUGUAAGGGACGAAUUGAUAAUUCCAUAAACGAGAAUGUAAAUAAAAUUACAGAAACUGACGAACAAAAUGUUCCAGGAGAGUCUGGUGAUAAUGAAAAUAACAUAGCCAUAAAACGAGAAGUGAUUAACACUGCAUCUAAUUACCCAAAACGGAUUGUCGGUGAAAAUAGGGGUAGAGUGAGAAAUCGAAGUACCUCUCCUUCUCGUACGUGUAAUGAGGGGACGAUACCGCGAGAGUUUGGAAGGAGAGGACGAAGCAACGCUCCAGAAGGUUUGGUCCACGCCUCAAGCUCGUCUUCGACUGAUACAGAUGGCUCAGUCACCCCUAAGCGGUCUCCGAAGAAGUCUCCCAUUCACCAGCGUCCUCCACUGGUCACCUUCAGAUCUAUUGACUUAGGGCAUGAGUUCGGCGGUGCUGGGUACUGUCCCCAGAGCGAACCCGUCAAGAGGAAGGUGUAUACAUGCAGUGCUACCUUUGACCGUCUCCAGAAGUCUCUGGAGAAGAGUCAACAUCAGGCGUCACUUCGCAUCAAAGCAGAAAUGGAAAGUAAGGACAGUGAUAAAGGUGCGUCUGAAGGAGACAGUCUCAGAGAGAAACUGGAGAGGUUACGGCGAGAACGCUUGGAAGUGGAGGCCAAGGUUCGAGAAGCUCAGGAAGAAGAACGGCAGCGGUUGGAUGAUAAAGCACAGUGUCAGCGUCAGCUGUCUCUGUUCCGGCGUCAAAUGCUGGUCCAUACCAUUGAGGGCCUCAAGAGGAGCUUAGAAGAUCAGUCCGCUAAAUUGCAGGAAACCUACAGCCAGCAGGAACAGCAACAAUCCUCAGACGACAGUUUGUGUCGAAGACAUUCCACGAGUAGUUCAAACAGUAACAAGGGUCAGAAAUGCAGCCAAGAUGUGAUAGAGUAAGGUCACAGUGUCUGGACUGAGGAUUCUUCUGAGCACUGCCUUCAUUUUAAUUUCUUGCAAUUAAUACAGAAAGUUUAUGACAUGUUUUGCCUUUCCAUAUCUUCCUUAUCCUUCCUACAUGUUCAGAUCUGAUAAAAUACUCAUAUUUGUUAUUUAAGCUAAGUUUAUGUUUUCAUUUCGAGACUUGUGUGUAUGUGGGAAGAUGUUAAUAAAAUGGGUUUUAUCCAAAUAUACAUACUUAAUUGCCCCAAAUUUUGAGUUGGAAUAACAUGGAAUAUUUAUUGAGGUCAUUUCAAUUAGACAAAGACAUUCAUCUUUACAAAUAUGUGUUAUUAGCCAAUAAUUCACAGAAAACAGUCGGCUUACCUCUACAGUUCAGAUGAAAUUUAAUCGAGGAAAUUUAAAAUUGUAAUGAUCCCAGUCAAAACUUUAAAUACAUGUUCACUAAAGGAACCUAGUUAUUCUUGGUACGAAACAAAUACAUACUUCCGAUAGCUCGUCAAAUGCAUGUGUAUAUUCAACAAUUCUUUGAUGCUCAUUCUUCAAGACCUGUUAGUAUAGAUGCGAAAUUAGUUGAAGGGUUACAGGGUAGGAAAGUCAUCUAUUGCAUAGAUUAGUUCAUGUUGUAGGUUCCCCCCCCAUUUAGCUAUUCCAGAAAUUAUCUCCAUAUUGUCUUCUUGAAACCAUAUUGUUCAAAUUUAAACAAAUAUUAUGAGCAGAAGUUUCAUGCACCUUAAUUUAUAUAGCUGAUAGAAAUAUUAACAGAUUCAGAAAUUUGAUGUUAGUAGAACAUUAUAGCGUAGAUAAACAAGAAGCAAAAUGUUGUCAGAACACCAGUGUUUACUUCUCUGUUCUAGUGUUGAUAAAGAUUUAAUGUCGUGCAGUAAUUUAUUAUUACCUUUGUAUAUUACUGGAAACCAAAUCUAGAAAUCAGUUUUACUUUUCCAAGAUACAUGUAAACUUGUGUGGUGACAUCAAUUACGAAACACGGUAGAGCGUUCAUGAUUCCACAAGCAAGAAAGAAUCACUGCAGCUCACACAGUUGGUGCUGCAAGUAGAAGUAACAAGGGAUUCAAAAGAAUAUCAUAGUAUCUGUAUUAAGCAUUAUUUUAAUGUACGCUACACACGUUGCAAUCAGAACCACAGCAACAAACUUCUGAAACUCAGCAAUGAGUAACAUUUUUGUAGAAACAAAUUCAUGGAUGCCUCGUAGUGACAUAAUGUAGAAUAUAAAUAGGACAUUGCAUUUCGAAGUAUUUUAAAACGUGAUGUAUCAUUAAAUUAUUCUUUAUACAUAAAACUGUGCCAGUUUUUGUGGUUGAUAUAUGAGUAUGUAUUUUAUGUGUUGUACUGAGAUAACAUCUGUUCUAAUGAUAUUGGUAUGUCUUGCUAAUAUUUACAUUGAUAGCUUUUCUAUCUGAACACUAAGGAUAGGAUCUGUACAUCAGUUCAUGGAGAUAACAGUUUUGAACUGAACUAAAUGGUUUAUUCAGUACUAUGUUGUUACACUCAAUGUAAAACAGACAAUUUAAACAUGUGUGAAAUGAUAUGGGACAGAUGAUGUAUAUAAUUCAUAAAAUAAGCCCAUUCACAAUUGAUGAUUUACAAUGCAUUGUGUUGAUUAUGUGAGGAAAAUACCUUGCAAUUAGUGUUCAUAAAUAACUGUUGUAUUGUUGGAAUAUAAAAAAGCUAGUCUUCAAUUUUAACAACAUACUCAAGUUGUUGAACUGUGUCUGACCUUUAAUACUCUGCUGAAAGAACACAAUUCGUCCCAAAGGAAGUGUUUGUAUAUUUGUGUGUCCUGGAAGUAUGAAUGAGCCUGUGAAAUUAGUUUUUGAUUUGUUUUCUUUAUUUGUUGUUUAAUGCUGUUGUUUUCGUGAAUGUGCAGACCUAAGGUAUACAGAACAGACGUAAUUAACAGUGACAUGUAUUGCACCUUUUGUUUUACCACAAUUUGUUUUUAACAAUAUUAUUUCUUGAACAGUGAUGAUUCAGGUGUUUCAAAAUCAGCUUUGUGAUGGGCACUGCCACCAUCUUGAAAAUAGACUGAAAAUUUACCUCUCUCUCUCUCUCUCUCUUAUUUUAUGUAUCUUGUAUCUACACAGCUAGAAAUGGAUGUACUUCUUCAUUUAGAUCAGGGAUGGUGAGCCACUGACACUGGAUGAGCAUUAUCUGGCAUCAGUCAUUAUAGGUAUUGUCAGUAUUAUCUGGAACCACCUGAUAACUUCAGUGGUUCAUGAAGCUAUACUUUCUUUUACUCAAGAUACACUUUUUCUGUUACUUUGUAUAUUCACCCCAAAAAAGUAGUUUCCCUAGAGAAAGAUGGUUACAAAAAAUAUGAUGAUGUCAUUACUAUUUGCAUCCAAGGAACACGUAAAAUCAAAUUGAAAACUUUUUCACAGAGUGAGUAGCCACUCUCAGAUCAAUCACACACAAUACAAAAUAUGAAGACAUCUGAAAGUGGAUAGCAUAAGAUACCUCAUUGAAGUUCACCAUGUACGUAAUGGAGAUGUGAGGAUGGUUGGCACUACUUCUUAUCAGUAGAUAAUGUUUGAUACAAUUUUAACACCAAGCAGCAUGAGAUUUGUCAUCCCUGAUUUACGUAAUACUAAUAGCAUCAGUCUUAUCCUUUAUAGUUCAAAUAUAUGAGUUCACAUAUGAUUCAGUAUGUAUGAUUUCACAAGUGUUCUUAGUUCAUCACAUGGUUUAUGAGUAUAGUUUAUUAAGGGAAACAAGAAAGUUGAAGUUAAGAAACAAAGGAUGAAGGAAGUGAAUUGACAAACAUUUUUGUACAAACAAUGGAUGGUUACUUAAAGAUUUCAUAUUGUUGUCAGCUGCUAAAUUGAAAGCAAGUAUAUUUUCAACAUCUCAUUAAAAUACUGGAAAAUGCCAUUUUAAAUCAUAAAACAUAAUUUCAGAAUACAAUAUUAAUAAUAAAUUCAAAUUAAGUCUAAAGUAUGAACCAUUGAAAACAUGUUGUCCAUUACAUUCAUCUAUGGAGUUACAAAGGAGAUAACAGUCUUCGGAUCCUUACAAAAUCUUAGAUCUUGCUCACAUCAUGGAAUGGCUCGCAAAAGAAUUAUGUUAGUGAUCCUUUUUUAUUUCCAUAAUGUUCAACAUAUUUAAACAGUGAUUUUGCUAGUAUUUGAAUGAACUGAAAUCUCUCUCAUUUGUAAAUUUUGAAUGAAUCAAGAGUGAUAGAAUACAAUUUAGUGUAUAGAAAUUUAAAUCCUUGAAAGUACUUAGUAGAUUAAGUAAAUCAAAUAUUAUAAUACAGAUUCUUAGAUGAAACAGUCUUUGAAUUAUUGGCAGUAUUACAAUUACAUUUCAUAAUUUCCAUCCCUAAGAGUCACUUUGUUUUUUAUCUGAGUUAGAUUCCAACAUUCCUAUGAUCUGGAUGUUACCUUCUGUUGUGAUAAAUUCUCAACAGUGAAUACAAAUUAUGACUAUAAGAAAAAGGCAAAUAAUUAAAAAAAUAUUGUUUUGAACCAUGUGCAACUUCUGUUUAGACAAUUCAUAUCCUGUUCUGUGAUAUAUAAAUGCAAAAUUAGAAAAUUUGAAUUUCAUAUAAAAAGAUGGCUUUGUUUUCUUUUACGGUCGCAUGAAUUAGGAACAAUAAUGUUUAAUGGCUUUAUUUCAGCAAUACACUUUGAUUUUAAACUGCCAAAACUAGGCCUAAAAUUAAACUAUAUUAUUAAAUAUAUAAUUUAUGUCCCCAAACUUUGUCAUUUUAAAAUAUAGGUCAGUGAAAUGUAUUACAUGUUAUACAAUGUAAAAUUUAGUCUGAACAGAUAUGUUUAGAAACAUGAUACAGUAAUUAAAAUUCUUGAACAAAAAUAUUAGUGAAUUUAACAGAAAACAAAUAGAAAGUCACAGUAAUAUUGUAGUUAAUAGUGACACUAUAGAGAUUGAAAACUGCAAGUUCAAUGCACAAGAUUAAAAGUCACUGCCUGUGUAAUGCAGAGAAUGAAGUGAUCAGUAAUGUACAUUUCCAAACUCAUUUAAGUUAUCUAGGUCCAUAUGAACAGAUGCAGAUAGCAUGUUAAUUUCAACAACAUGAGUUUAAAGAUGGGUGUCUAUAGCCAUCUUCAUACUCACUGCUGUGAGAACUUCAGAUCCAACAUGAGAGUAGAUAUAAAGUAAUUAAGAAGUUAUGGAUGGUAUCAUAAUAGUAACAUAUCUUAGACACUUCUGCAAACUAUUAAAAUGUGUUUAAGAACACAGAGUACCAACAGUAUCAAUCUUACUGAAUAGAAGAUACCUAAAUUUUAAUAUUUUACAAGAGAUAAUAUAUUAUGACGUAUAACAAACAAUAGCUGUAUGUUUGUCUCCAUGAAUGUUAUAUUUUGUAGAGAAAUAUUUCAAUUUAUACUCAUUUAUGCAUUAAGUACAUUUCAUACACAAUUUCAGUAAAAUUUCUUUCAGUGUAUAAUUCAUGAUAUUUGAGUGAAAGAAGAGAAACAAUAAAAGCAAACUUUCUUCUCCCAAAGAAAAGUAACUUUCACAUAAUUGUUGAUUUAUAAAUAUUUAAUAUGAUGACAAAUUAUGAAAAUCUGAAUUUUAUGGGAAAUGUCUACUGAGUGCACUCAGAAUAUGAAACAUAAAUUUCCAGUUACUUCAUGGUUCAGUGAGGGCCUUUUAGAAACAAUGUAAAAUUCACAAUUGAAUGUGAAACCAUGUUAAUGGAAACAGACACCAACACAUCCUUCAUAAACCAUGUAUUGCGCCUCGCUUUUCUUUAUUUGUAUUAUUUUAUGUUUUGAAUUCUGUGUGCACAUGACUUACAUAUUUAGAGUACAAGACACACAAUGUAGUUCAGUAACAAGAGUCGCAUUAUUGAAUGUAGAAUUUAUAUUGUAAAGUUAUGUUGAUACUAUAUUGACUGGCUGUUUAGUGACAAUAGAAAUAUUUGAUGUUCUAGUUGUUGCACUACUAGGUUACAUACAUACAUAAGAAGACAUAAAGAGAGAGAGGCCACAUGCAAUACUGAGGAAUCAGUGCAAGAAACCUUGCAGAACAUACUGAGCAAAAUAAAACAUUGAAAUUUGAACCUUGUAAUGUGAUAUAUCCAUAUACAAGUUUUGGUAAGAGCUUUCUUCUAGAAAGGAGAAUGCUGGUAUUCAUACACAAUACAUUGUGCAGAACAUUUUCAAAUUUCUUGACAAAAACAAACUUUAAAUUAUUAAAAACAUUAUAUUUGUAAUAAAGUGGACAACAAAACUGAAUAUAAUAAUAAAUUAAUAUACCUUUA